GACUUAUCAUCAGACCUUCCUGUGCGGCUGGUUCGCUGCGAGCGCAUAGCACCGGACUUCCUGCACGCUUCUUGUAAGCCUUCCUGCAUCGCGUAUUCCUUGUACUGAAUAUGGCGCAAUCUCUACCCGGCAUGGCCGCGCCUACAGGACUCAAGGAGUCCGUGAAUCCCGCUGACGUGCCACAUUCCAAGCCUCCGAACGUGCUCGUGUUCACGGGCGAGGAUCCAAGCUGUCCUCAUCCGCUCUAUAACGCAGUCAAACAGACUUUGGACAUGUGCGUCAACCCAGACAUGUACGCAGUGUACAUGCUCUCUGAGCAUCAGAUAAACACUACUCCGUGGCUGCAGAAUACACGACUGCUCAUUGUUGCAUGCACGGAGCUAAGUUACACAGCCAACAAGAUAUUUCUGGAGCAUUAUCUUAGUGGCGGGCGGCUACUGGUAUUGUCGUCGAAGAUCGCGUUUCCUGGCAUCCGCUUCGAAGAACCUUUGUCUGAACCGCAGCCAGUGACAGUUCAGUGUGGAAACUUCACAAGUGCUUCCAUCAUGCAUGGACGCAUACGGUAUGGACUGGACGAUAGUGUUCAUGGCACUAGUCUUGCAGUGGAUGAGAAAGGACAGCCUGUUGUUCACGAAGUUCGGUGCAACAGCAGCACAGGGGUAUUACUCCUUUCACAGGUGCACCUGGAAGUUGACCCACUAUAUUUCUCCACAUCUGAAGCCACUUUCGCGAAACUGAAACAAUCCAAUGAAGCUAGAAUAUCUAUGCUACGACAUCUGCUGUCAACGAGAUUGGAAGUAAACUGUGAACCUAAACGUCCAUGCAGUCUUUCAGUGGGUUACCUUUUUGCAGCUACAGAGGCUGAACUUAGCUCUCUGUUGUUGGAAAUAGAGUCCCACAGCAAAAACAAUGAGGUUGUAACUGAAGGAAUCACGUUCCACUACGUGCUGACCGGUCCCAUUGCAGACGUUAGAGCCACAGAGAGCUUCCUUCCUAUAUAUGCAUCACCUACAAGCCAGAUGCCAGAUAUUGGUUCCUUCAAUCACAAGGCAUACUUUGAUACGCUUCAAACAACAAGUCUUGGCCGAGUUGUCCUCUAUGUCGAAAAUGCAACCACUACGAUGCUGACUAUUAAAGGGUUACAAAGUGCACAUGGCUCACUUGCAGUCGCAACACGUCAGCUACAAGGCAGAGGUCGUGGCGGCAACGUGUGGCUUAGCCCAACAGGUUGCGCCAUGUUCACCGUGUGUGUACACAUUUCCGUACAGUCCUUGCUUGGCUGUCGCAGCUCCUUCAUACAACACCUGGUUGCUCUAGCCGUUGCCAAGGCAGUACGGGGUGCAAAGGGAUAUGAAAUGGUCGACAUUCGGAUAAAAUGGCCAAAUGAUAUCUACUACGGGAGCGUCUCAAAAAUUGGCGGCAUACUGAUUUCAUCUACAGUGAACACAAAUGAAAUGUGCUGCUAUAUUGGUUGCGGCAUUAAUGUGUCAAACAGUCAGCCAACAGUAUGCAUAAACGAUGUUGCCAAAGUGGUGGCAGAGAAUAGACAGAUGCCAGCACCCCAGCUGCUGCUCCCUGAAGAAGUCAUUGCAAGAAUACUGAAUGAACUGGAGAUCCUUAUCGCCCGUUUCCAAAGUGGACAGAUCGAUUCUGUGUUACAAGAUUACUACAGUGUCUGGCUUCACAGUGGCAAAACAGUUACAGUGCAAAGCUUGGGCUGCGAGGCUGUUAUCAAAGGACUGGAUGAAUAUGGUUACCUUGUUGUCGAGAGCAUGGGGAAAGAGUACAAGCUUCAACCUGAUGGAAACAGCUUUGAUUUGAUGAAUAACCUCAUCAUAAUGAGACCCACGUGAACAAAAAAGCGCAUCCAGAUGUAUCCCACAACAGCAACAAUAAAUGAAGAAGUGAUGACGA